CUCAGUGCUAAUGAAAAAUCGAAUUUUUCGCCUCAAAUCGACUGAAGUUUACACGGGCAAAGUAUUACAGGAGUUAAAUUCUAGCGGUUACACAACAUGCAAUAAGUAAAUACCGAAGAGCUGAAAUGUCGCAAAAAGAACUGGCGGCCCUUGUCGCCUCAAGAACGAGCCGCAAGCGCACUGUGCCCUCGAGUGCAUCUCCAAUGGUCUCCCGCUCGGAACCGAGAUCCAUCAUAGAGAUCCAUAUAUCCAAUGACUCCUCGACCACAAAGAGAGCUUGCCGGGAGGUGGAGAAACCCGCUUUAAGGGUGGAACAGCCCCAGCAGGAGGAGGAGGAGAACCAGGGUCAAGUGCCACCGCUGACCGAAGAAGAGCAGCAGCGGCACAAUGAGUUUCGGACCAGUCGCUCGAUUUUCCUGCAGGAUUUGCCCUGCUUCAAGCUGCAGCAGGCCAAACCAGCAGCAGGAUCCUCGCCAAUUCCCAAGUGUCGCGAGUGCCGAAGAAGGAACUUAGCCACCAAGGAAGGCGAAACCAGUGCCGUCAGCGAUGUCUACUGCCGGUUCUAUGAGUUCCGACGCCUUCAGUUCAACGAGAAAGGAGAGUUGGGCGUGGUUGGCUUCCCGAAUCCCUACAGCGAGCCCUCGCCGGAGGACAUUGCCAUCUGGCAGCCGGACGGGAAUACUGCCCCGACUAGCGGCUAUAUGGACAUACAGGUGUGCAGAUACAUCCUGCUCCAUGCUGGCGACCAGUUUUGCUAUUUGUGGCGCCAGGAGGCGGAGGCUUUGAGGCUGCAUCAGAAUCCGGACGGCACCAUCGCUUGGAAGAAGGCCGUGAAGGGCACCCGAGAGAUUUGCGACGUGUGCGACACCACGCUGUUCAACUAUCACUGGACCUGUCGCAAGUGCGGCUUUGGAGUGUGCCUCGAUUGCUUCAAGGAUCGCAAGGAGGGACAGCGACUGCGUCGUGCGGAGAACGCAGCCCAGAAGGGAUGCGAUGAGUACCAUUGGCUGCUCUGCACCGAUCCCAGUGGCCCCCAGGAGCACGCUCUCACCGAGCUGAUGCUCACGCAGAUCAUUGCCGGCGAUGCCCUCAACGUCUUGGGCAGGCUGCUGCACGAAGUGCGAACCUUGUGGCAGGUGCCACAGGUGUGCGGCUGUCUGCUGAGCAAACAGGCGGUGGAUGACGCUCAGCUAAACGAGCUGAUCCAGGAUAUGAUCAAGGAGUCGCAGUUGAAGCAGCACACAAGCUUCUCGUCGCUGGCUUCCGAGCAGAAGCUGCACCAGCAGCAGCGCCUCGAUCAGCUGCACGCCAAGAAGCUGGAGUUCGCCAGGGAGCGGGGCAUAGACUAUGUGCCGGGAAGAGUGUGGACCAAGGAGACCCUGGGAAAGGACCCCAUAACCACGGCCUUUGACAACUUCAAGCACAUUAACUUCCUGAGAAAGGGACUGGCCGGCUUAAGGCGGUUCCUUCCACCCAGGGCCAUGACUUUGGCCCAUUCCACUCAAUUGGCACCGGGAGUUCCGCACGAGUGGCUCUGCGAUGGCAAGCUGCUGCGCCUCACGGACGCAAUGCAUCCGGAUAAUCGGGUCCUCUACCAGGAGGUGUGGAAGUGCGGCCAGCCCGUGAUGAUUUCGGAGGUGGCUCGCUCUCUAAACUUGGACCUAUGGCAUCCGCAGGCCUUUUGCCGGGACUUUGGCGACAAGCCGAAUGAUCUUAUUAAUUGCCUGAAUGGAAAUCUGGUGCCCAAUCAGCCGAUGCGACACUUUUGGGAGGGAUUUCAGUGCAUGAACAAGCGUCUACUGGAUGCAAAUGGCAAGCCCAUGCUGUUGAAGCUUAAGGAUUGGCCGCCGGGAGAUGAUUUUGCCGAAAUACUGCCCACCAGGUUUGCUGACUUGAUGAAGGGACUGCCCAUGCCGGAAUACACGUUGCGCACGGGAAACCUAAACAUUGCUAGCUGUCUGCCCAAGAUGUUUGUUCCACCCGAUUUGGGACCAAAGAUGUACAAUGCUUACGGCUCGGCCUUGCAUCCCGAUAAGGGGACCACCAAUCUUCACUUGGACAUCUCGGAUGCAGUCAAUAUAAUGGUGUAUGUGGGAAUACCCCAAGAUGGGGACACUAAACCGCAGCUGGCGGCCACGCAGAAAGCCAUAGCACUUGGCGGUUGCGAUUACAUCACUAGAGCACGUUGCCAAUCGCCUGAUGUCUUACCCGGAGCCCUUUGGCACAUCUUUCCGGCUCGCGAUGCGGAUAAAAUAAGGGAUUUGCUUAACCGCGUGACCCUGGAGAAGGGCUUCCGCCUGGAGCCCGAUCACGAUCCCAUUCACGAUCAGAAUUGGUACUUGGACGAUAAGUUGCGCGCCCGUUUGUUCAAGGAAUAUGGCGUUGAAGGGCAUCCCAUUGUCCAGUGCUUGGGCGAUGCUGUUUUCAUACCGGCUGGCGCUCCUCAUCAGGUUCAGAAUCUCCACAACUGCAUUAAGGUUGCCGAGGACUUUGUCUCGCCGGAGAACAUCACUCACUGCUAUCAUCUCACCCAUGAGUUUAGAAGACUCUCGCACUCGCACACAAAUCACGAGGACAAGCUUCAGAUCAAGAAUAUUAUCUACCACGCCAUCAAGGAUUGCUGCACCAUCCUCACCAGAGCUCUGGACGAGCGAAUCGAUGCGGAGAUGGCCAAGCUACAAGCCGAUUAGAUUUCAUUAUCACACUUGGUGUUCUUAAGUUUAUUCUCCUCCGCUUACCACUUAUUUUUUUUACAACAGUGUUCUAACCCUUAAGAUUUUAAUUUGUCAAAAAUUCAAUAAAUACGUAC